GAUAUGAGGUUCUGCGCACGGCUCCAAGCGUCACGCCCUUUGCUGUCGUCCGGUUCGUUAUCGGCGCAGUUACCCGUUCAGCAUGCUGCGAGAUGGAUACAAGCACCGGAAGGAUAUACAUAAAGAUAGCAAUUUCAAAAGGGAAACAAAUUCCAUGCGAGCUGGUUGGAGAAAAACCGCCCAAUAUUGCCCUCUGUGAGAAGUGCAGGUUCUAUACGCAAGCAUGGGCCACGCUUAUCUGCGAUCAUAAGCUAUGCGAAGAAUGCUUCAACCAGAACCUGGAGUACACUUGCCCCAAAGACCAUUACAGGACUACGAAAGACCAGGCAACAAGAGGUAACUGCACCCAGGAACUUAAAUAUGCAGUAAUAUGCUGUCCAGACUGUAACCGUUCAAAGAUUUUCAAGGACCUAAUGCCACAUAUCAGUGAUCGGCACCCAGAACUGCUGUCAAACGCCGAUGAAGCAUCUAGACAUUUCGAGCCGAAAACUAUAGGAUAUGAGGUUGGUUCAAAUUGUUCAAACGAAGGCCACAUGAAAUCCUACGGAAAGAUGUCUGACGGCAAGUCUUUGUACUCCCUUCCAAGAGCUCCUGAUGAAACAAAGCUAGAUCGUGAGAUAGUGACCUGUAGACACUGCAACACCCCGCUGGAAACGAAAGAGGUCGAAGAACACGAGAAAAGGUGCCCAGAUCGCGGCUUGGAUUGUCCCUUUUGUAAAGAACAAGUGGCUGCCAAAAAUAUUGGAGUUCACGUCACGACUCACUGCCCCGCAAAAGAAAAAAAGGAGACAGUUCAGACGUUGAGAACACAGAGGCUAAGCAACGGCUGUAACGUCAGCAACAAGAGGACAGAACUGCUUGGUGAUGUCCAGGAAAUGAAGGAGAGAAUAAAAGAGCUAGAAGACACGAUGAAUCGGAUUGAGAAGCCAUUACAGAAGAUUAUUGAAAGACUUUCCCGAGAACAAUAGCAAAUUGACUGCUAAAUGCCGUUCUCUAAGUUUCCGUAAUUCGAUAGUGUCUAUACAGAAGUGAAUAGUGCUUCUGGACGACAUCAUAGUAAUAGCGUUCAGCGAUCACUCACGAUAUUGUGCUGUACAAAUCUCUUACAAAUUGUUAUAAAUAGUACUGUAUUUACGUAAGAAGCUGCGCUGCCUCCUGACCAAAUAAAAACAAUCCACCUUUAUCCGUGAUCUGUAAUGGCUCGUCUUGCAAAAAAUAUGAUUUUAUUACAACAGGAAGUGUUCAUUUGCAAGAACCAAAAUAAAUAUCGGUAUUUUUACAUGUAUUAAGCAUUCAAGGCAACAGUGCAUCACCAGCA